CGUCCCGUUUCACACCGCCAUACGUGGCCCCUAUUUAUGCGCCCCGUCUCAUGCAGCGCAUGGGCUGGGCUGGGUUGAACCGGUAGAACUGGUGCAUUUCACAUCUCCGGUCUCGUCUCGUCUCAUCUCAUCGGCGGUGGUCGUCGUCGUCGUCAUCCGGAGGCGCGAGAAAGAUCAGAAGAAGAAGCCACGUGAGGUCCGGCGAUGGAGGAUUCGUGGGACGAGGAAGGGCGGCGGCUGGCGGCGGCAAGGGUGGUGCACAGCCAGGUGAGGAAGAUCAAGGAGGAGGAGGGCGACAAGGUGAAGGUGGACGAGACGUACCAGCAGCAGCAGCUGGCCGAGAUGCGCCUCGUCCUCCGGGACCUGGGCCGGCAGCGCUCGCGCUCGCCGCUCGGCCGGGUCGGCCGCCCGGCCAUCUCCAUCGGCGGCGACUCCUAGUCCUAGGGCCGGCCUUGCUCUUUUUUUCCUUCUAGCUGGGUCGUCGUCGUCGUCCCCUCGGGCUCUCUCGUCGUGUAUUAGGACCUCUUUUUUUUCUUUUCCUUUCUCUCUUUCUUUGGUGAUCCUGUCCAUCCGUGGAUGGGGCAGAGGAUCAUCUUCUGCUGGUAAUUAGGGUGUCGUUCGUUCCCAUCUCUCCGUGAUGGUUGUGUAAAUACUUCAUACUCCUAUGUGUGAGUUGUCAGUCUCUUCCCUUUUCCAGUUUAGGAAACAAAACAGGAAUUUUUGGA